AUGAUGCCUGACCAAGCUACUGAUGUUGAUGUUUUGGCAAACCCAUUGCUGCCCACCUGGAUCUCGUUCGUGAAGACCAAGCUCAAGGAGGAUCCGUACGAUUUCUUGCUGCUCAAACUGGCAAAGCAGUACGAAGAAGACGCACUACAUAAAAGGCUGAUGGCAGCCGGCACUACGGCCAGUACGAGAGAUAUUGCUAGCGGUUUGGAGUUUGCGCAGAUAAAGAAAUGGCUGACCACAGGAAAAGCGGAAGAUGACGUCUUGAAGAUUUCACUUGUACCUGCCGACAAGGAGCUCGGGCUCUUGAAGCACCCAGCUCUACAAACCUUUAUCUCCUACGCGACUAAGCACCAUACACUGGAUCCGUAUGAGUUUCUGGUACUCAAGUUGGCGAAGAGGCACGGCGAAGAAGAACUACCUAAAAUGCUAGUUAGGGCGAAGUCCGACUCCGAUUUGGUAUCCAUGGCUGUGAAGUUGGAAUCGACGCAGUUUAAAAUCUGGAAGGAGAAAGGUAAAACGAGCGAUGACGUUUUUAAGAUGCUUCGUCUAGACAUUGACCAGAGUAUCGACACACUGAAGAGCCCAGGCCUAGUUUCAUGGUUCUUGUACGUGAAAAAAAUUAGCGAAAACCCGACCGAAGUGCUGUACCGAAAAUUGGAAAUACGUUUUAGCGAUGCAGAGAUACUGAAGAUGUUUUUCGCUGGGAAGAAUGACGACACUUUAAAGUUUACGUUGGGUCCAAUGGUCCGCUUGAUCAAAGGCAAUUGGCUGAGUCAAAAGAAAACUGCAGAAGAUGUCUUCACCCAUCUCUCCCUGGACAAAGAUGGCAUUAAUUUUUUUGAAAACCCGAUACUGGUAACUUGGUUCACCUACGUAAAAAGUAUGCACAAGGAGGAAGCAGACAACGUGAUGUCGUCGGUGAUGACGAAAUAUUACGACGAUGAAACACUGAAGAAGAUGGUUACCCACAGCUCGAUAACAGGGAAUCUUAAAGCCACGGCAGCACAAGUGGCGUCUGCACUGUGGUUGCGCGAUGGAAUGCCAGCACACGAGGCUUUUAAGCUGUUGAGGCUAAGCGGGAAAGGCGACAACGCUUUAUCGGAUCCCGCAUUUGGUAUAUGGGUCUCAUACUUUAACAAGUUGCAACGCAAGAAGAUGAAUCAAGACGAGUACGCUAUUAUAGCGGAGCUAUCAAAGCAUUUCGAUAAUAAUCUGGAUCUCGCACGUGCACUUUGUGCGGUGGCUAAGAAAAAUCCUGAUCUGAAUACAGCACAAACGAUCACCAGCCUGCAGAAUCUACAGUUCAAGCAAUGGAUUCAGGAAAAGCGAUGGAAUGUGAAAGAACUCAGAUACGCUGAUCCGAAGUACUGGGAUGUCUAUCGUAGUUUCUACACCUUCUUCUACGCCACACGCCAGUAA